AUGGGUAUAAAUAAAACUAAAACUUUAGCUGGUUUAGCUACUAUAAUAAGAGAACUUUAUGUUGAAUUCCCCAUAUUACAAAAUCAAGCAAAAUCAAAAUAUGCAUCACAGGAUUGGUGUAAUAAUCAAUUUGAUCCUCAUUUAUCCCUUGUUUAUACUGAUUUAAAACAUUUUGAUAAUGCAUUAAUACGAACAAUUAAAACUAGGGUAGAAGAUUUAUUAGAUACAGAUUCAAUAACAAUUAAUGAACCAGGUGAAUUAUUAGACUAUGGUAUAGGAUGGGAAAAUGGAAUUUUUAAAAUAGUACGCUGUGAAGGUCCAGUUGAAGAAUGGGAAAUAUUAGGACAAGUUGAUAUUCAUUAA